ACUCCUUUGGUGAUAUGGCUAUGUUUUUCCAUGAUGUAUAUGGUGGUGACUUCAUUGCUGUUGCCUGGAAGUCAUCAGCUUUCGAACCCAAACCAUUCAAGGUAACAAAUGUGCAAUGCAGAGUACCGAAAACAGGACAACAAGAAACAAAACUCAAGGUUGAUGUUAAUGCAGUUCUUGAGGACUUUCAAGUUCUAGGACAAGGGAUUGUAAAAACUGUGGAAGUGGUGACAGAGAAAUGGAACAUUGAAUAAAUACAAUUGGUUCAAUGUGGUGAUGUAGUAUUACAAAUACUAAUUCCAUGCUGUCUGUAGUAAUUCCCAUUCAAAAGGACAUUAUUCUCCCAAAUGUUUUAGUUUAACAAUUUCACCCUCUCUAGAUUGUAGAAAAAUUAUGCGAGACUAAAAUGACUGUCAUUGUCUGUCAUCAUUGUAAACAUAUUGCUUGUGAUUGCAAUAAAACAACUUACAAAAUAUAAA